AAAAUGAAUAAAUGGUAUUAUAACCUUGUUUCGGAAGAAUAUGAAACACAUAUUCGACGAACAAUAAUUCAUAGAGAUAAUAAAAGCAUAAUCGUCCGUGAAAUUUCACAUGAACUAGAAGUUUUAGACCUUCAUAAAGUACUUACACCAGUUAUAACACGAGAUAGCGGACAAGAUAAUAUUUGCUUUAAGAUGUGCUUUAGUAAAUAUAAUUGGUCAGGCAAUCGUUCCUCGCUGUGGUAUUUAGGACUUUCGGAUGAAAAUAAUAUUCAGUUUCUACAAGAAACAGUAACACAAAAAUAUCCAAAUCUUUUUAAUCACUAUUCGCAAACUAUAAAAGCAUUUAAUACCGAGAAGACUUUAAAAAACUCUCUUACCCGUAUGAAAUACCAAUUAAAAACAGUCAUGGAAACAGAAGAGACUCCUAUAAGAAAAGGAAUAGUUCUUAAUAAGUCCGGAAAAUACUUAACGCCUCAGGAAACUCAAGCCUUAAUAGUUGAAUAUAAUACAAUUAAGAAUGAGUUAAAGAAUGCCAAAAAAACCAUUACACGGUUAAAAGAAAAAAUUACCAGAUUAACAAGUUUACCUGAUCAAGAUAUAGAUUCGUCCCAUGAUGAAAUAGUACGUACAACUAUCGAUGAUUUAAUUGAAGAAUGGAAGCUUGGCUCAACAUUACUUGUAGAUACAAAAACAUACUUAUCAUUAGUUCUUGAAAAACCCUGCAAUAAUUGUGGAAACUAUCUGAUCUCAAAACGAGACUGCCAAUUAAUAGUUAUAGGUUUUAAAGCUAAAUGCUUUAUACGAUGUAAAGAAUGCGAAACUAUCAUAGAAAUUUCGAAUGAAAAAAAGGAUAUUUGUUUCUCAAAAGCAGUAGCUGCUGGCGGAUUAGGAGCUGGAAUUACUCGGCAUGCAGUGCAAAGUUUUUUGGCAACCAUCGGUAUUACAUCGCAAUGUUCCAAAGCAAUUUACCAUAAUCAUCAACACCAAUUAUUUUCAAAAAUAAUUGAAUUAGCAAAAUCGUCAACAAAUAAUGCAAUUAUAAACUGUAUAGAUCAUGUUGAACAAGCACUUACUGAACAAGCUAAUUCAACUAAAUCGGAGUUAGAUGAGCAUAAAAAAAUUCUUCCAAUUAGUUUUGAUGUAUCGUGGUCACAUGGAAGAAAUGCUAAACAGGCAAGCGGCGAAUUCAUAUGCCAUUUGGAAUUUGAAGCUGUUAUUAGAAGCAAUGAUCAAGAAAGAAAAGAGAUUCGGUAUGAGGUUCGACAGAGACAUGACACAAAUGGUACUGUUUUUGAUGAUAUGGCAAACCUAAUUCGUGAAGUAGCUGAUGAUGCAAAAAAGGCUUUCCCAGAUAGUUUUUAG